GUGCUGAAAGAAGUGAAGUACUAGCACGCAGCCGGAGCGCUCGGUGCGCGGUGCGAAGAGAGAGAGAGAGAGAGAGAGAAGUGUGAGAAGAAAGAGGGAAGAAGAGAAGAAGAGAAGCAGAGGACCGUGCAGCAGCCCCUCUGUACUAAUGGACCACAAGGAUAUUUAACCAUUUGUCCUGGGAGCGCACAGACACCGCAGUCCAUGCCUCUGCCUUGCCAGGUCAUUGAUGGGAAAUCAACUGGAUCGGAUCACCCACCUCAACUACAGCGAGCUGCCCACGGGAGAUCCGUCCGGGCUGGAGAAGGACGAGCUUCGUGUCGGCGUCGCCUACUUCUUCUCUGACGAAGAGGAGGAGGUGGUGGACGACCACCGCACUCCGUCCUCUGUCUCCGACUGCGUUGACUUCACCACCACCAACAACAAGGAGCAGCACCACCACAGCACCACCGCCGGGGAAGUGGAGGAGGAGGAGGAGGAAGGACCGUUCUCGGUGAGCGAGGUGGAGUACUCGGCCUUCUGCUCCCAGGAAUGCAUCUUCUCCAAGCUGCGAGAGAACGAGGACCUGAACGUGUACGCGGCCAAAACUUUGCUGACCAUGUGCAAACCGGGCGAUCUGCUGGAGCUGGUGGCCGCCGAGCAGGCACCACACUGGGUUGUCUACGAGCAACACGGCCGGGUCAUCCACCUGCACAAGGGCGAGAUCCGCAAGGACAGCCUGCUUGAGAUGAGCAGCGGGCGCCACGGGAGGAUAGUGAACAACCGGUACCGGUACCGACCGCUUCCUCCUGAUCUAGUGAUGCAGAAUGCUGCAGGACACUUGGGUCUGAGCAGCGAGGACAUAUGCUGGACCAACUCGGAAAGUUUCGCAGCGUGGUGCCGCUUUGGGAAGAGGGAGUUCAAAGCUGGAGGAGAGCAGCACUCGGCGGGUCUUUCGCAGCAGCAGCAGUAUUUCCUCAAAGUGCAUCUGUGUGGCAGCGGGGUGGUGCACACGCUGGUGUUUCGCAGCCUGGAGGACAUGAUCCGGGAGAGGAGGCGAGUGGACGCCAGUGGGAUUCUCAAAGAGCUGUCUUUGGUUAAUAACGGGGGCAAGGAGUGAUCAGGGAUUCCGUUUGAUAUAACCCCUCUCCUCUAUAACCCCUCUCCAUCCUCUCUCCUCCAUCCUCCUCCCUGCUGCGCAAGGACGCACAGUUUUGCGCAAAACAUACUUACUGGCACACAUGCACACAAGCACACAUGCAAGGACCUGUUGGUUUUUUUGGACUGUUUUGGAUGCGCGUCUGGAUCCACAGUGGAAUUUGGAGAGGAGUGAUGAAAACUGAUGGAGAGAGAGAGAGAGAGAGCGGCCAUAUAAACAGACAACGCCCCUUCAGAGUCAGAGUCAGAUUCGUGCUGAUUCGAUUUCUGCUAUAAAAACAAAACCAUUAUGCCCCGAACAGCAAAAAUCACCUUUACAGACCUGCACAUUGCGCACUCGGUUUGGUUUUUCUGUUUAAUUUCUCUGGAUGAUAAUGGAAUCGCCUGCUGCGGCAGACCAGACGGUGAGAGAUGUGUGUUGGGUUGGAGGAUGAUGGGGAUGAAGAUGAAAGAUAGGAUCUUGGGAUGGCUCUCGAAAAAAGUCUCCCUUCUAUUUUUUUACUGUUAGCUUUAAGACCACAAACACACAGAUCCACUUAAUUCAGUCUCUGACAGUCCCCACAGAUGGCUACGCAGUUGCCUAUAAACAAAAGCUUGUCCCAAGCUCUCCUCUUUUUUGCCAUAGCAAAGAGUAUUGUCAUUUUCCACAAUGCUAUGUCAUCCUGCUAUACCACAGCACUGGAUGGAUGUAUGUGUAAAAAAAAUGUAUUGAUUUUAAAAAUUUGAGUCCCUUAUUUUUGUAUUUAAGUUUAGUGGAUUUUAACACCUGAUCUCUUUUUUCUUGGUUCAAAAUAAAUGGAGGUUGAAAUAUGAAAAUAA